AACACGCGACCUGCGAAUGGAACAGGCGUUUAUUUGCUUCCCGUUCCAUCUACAAAAAAGUACAAUUCAAUGUUGCAGUGAUGUGAUGACAAAUUCACCAUCGACUCCGAAGAAUAUCAACGAUGUCGGUUGCAUUCAGCAGCAAUGAUGCUGAUGUUAUUCAUAGAAAUGUUGAGAUAAACUUGAAGUCCAAAAAACCCACAGCUCCAGAUCAUUUGAAUACUGUUUAUGAAAUACAGAGAAGUGCAGAAUGGAUAAAGAAAAAUAAGUUCAAGAAGGUUGCACUGCAAUUUCCAGAUGACUUACUGCUGGAUUCCACAAAUGUCGCCAAGUGUUUGGAAAUUGACACUGGAGAAAGGGUCUUCAUUUUAGGAGACACUUCAUAUGGAAGUUGUUGUGUGGAUGAGGUUGCAGCUCAGCACUAUAGUGCAGACAGUGUUAUCCACUAUGGAAGGGCUUGCCUCAGUCCAGUCACAAGGUAUCCUGUGCUAUAUGUAUUUGGUAGAAAGGAUAUUGAUGUCCAGCACUGCUGUGAACAGUUUCAGAAACUCUUCCCUGACAAGACACAACAUGUGUUAGUGUUGUAUGAUGUCAUGUAUAGUCAUGCUAUUGGUGACCUAAAGUCAAGACUGCAAGGUUCUUAUUGCAAUGUCCUGAUAUCUGAACUCAAUACCACAGAAAAAACUGGUGAAGAUGUAUCCAAUGUUCAGGCAAACUCCAACAUUCAAGAAUUGUAUGGAAGAACAGUCAUCAUUCCGAUAGAGAAAACUAUAAAGGAUUACAAAGUUUUUUAUAUUGGUGCAGAAAGUUUUGCUUUGACUAAUUUUAUAAUGACAUUGAAUCAGUGCACAUUUUACUCUUACAAUCCAGAGACUAGGACAGAUAGGGAGGAGAGUUUGAGUGUCAACAGGGCCAUUAUGAAAAGAUACUACAUGAUAGAAAAAGCAAAGGAUGCCAAAAUUGUUGGAAUUGUAGCUGGCACUCUAGGAAUUGCAGAUUAUUUAACAGUCAUAUCGAGGUUGAAAGAGAUCACGAAAAAGGCAGGAAAGAAAACAUACACAUUUGUUAUGGGAAAAUUGAAUCCUGCAAAGAUGGCUAACUUCAUGGAGAUUGAUGUGUUUGUCCUGGUGGCCUGUCCUGAGAACAGCUUACUGGACUCCUCAGAGUUCUACAAGCCCAUAGUGACGCCAUUUGAGAUGGAAAUUGCUUGCAAUCAAGCAAGAGAAUGGACAGGAGAAUACAUAACAGAUUUUAGGAAAUUGCUACCAGGUUCCACACAUUUUGUUGAGAUGUCAGAAGCAUCCCAACAGCAGGAAGUCUCCUUGUUGACUGGUGCCAUGAGGAGCAUAGGAACUGAUGACACAGCAGACGACAGUGAGGCCUCAAGUACAGCAGUCAUGAAGAGAGAUGAUGCACUGACUGUAGCCAAUGCCUCAACUGCAGGGGAUUUUUUGGCAUCCCGCUCUUGGCAGGGACUAGAGCAGAACUUGGGGCAAACUCCAGUGACUAAAGCAGUAGAAGGGAUUAAAGGAAUUGCAUCAGGAUACACACAUGAACAGAAAACAGAAAAACAGCUGAAUGAGAAAUUGGAUCUAGACUUUUAAUAUAUAUGUGGAUAUUUAAAUGCAUCAUGGAAGCUUGCAAAAAGGCAAAUGUGAAAAAAAAAGCUGUUUAUUCAUAUUUUCAGCACAUAUGUUUACAACAUAGAAAAUAUUUUUUUAAUGUGUUGUGUGCAAUAGGUAUGGAAAAAUAUCCCUACAUUUACUACAACUAUGCACUUUAAAAGGAAUGUGGUUACUUGGAACAUGUGCUAUAGCAUGAAAAAUG